AAACCUAGAAAGAUUCUGAAAAUGAUGGGUGUUUCUGGUUUAGCAACAGCACAGGUUGCAAGUCAUUUGCAGAAGUAUAGAAAUUAUUUGAAGAGACCAAAGUCAAAGAAAAGUCCAACAUGGUUAGAAUCUGAAUAUGCUAAGUCAAUGAUAGAACAAGACCAAAGUCCUCAACUCAAUUCAACUAUUCAAACUGAUAAUAUCUAUGAAACACAACACCAUUCAACUCAUGUUACUACUAAUUAUCAUCAAGUUUCCGACAUUGGCUACAAUAAUGAAACACAACAACAUCCAACAGAUGUCGGCGAUUAUCGAGUCUCGGACAUUAUGAACAACGAUUUUCCUGAUCCAUCUGACUUGCUCUUUGAUUUAGAUGAUGAGUUAAUAUCAUUAAUAUUUUAAAGCAUCUCAAUGAGAUAUACAAUUGCAAGGUGGUGACUGAUUCAGAUGAAGGCAUAGAAGAAGG